AUCGUGUUGGAUAUCAUUGUACUUAGAAACGAUGACGGAGACGUUCAAAUUGUCCGACUACGAUUGCGUCGGUUUCGACCUAGACAAUACGUUAUGCGAAUACCGCAUAGGGCCCAUGGUCCAGAUGAUUUAUGACGUGCUGAUCGAUUACCUUAUAAAAAACUGUAAUUACUCGGACAAACAUCUGCGGCAGCCAAUAGAUUUUGAUUUCUUUCAGCGGGGUCUGUUUUUAGAUGCUGAAAAAGGUAACAUUUUAAAAAUCAACGGUACCGGUCAAAUACUAAGAGCAGCCCAUGGCACUAAUUUCAUGUCCGACGAAGAAAUCAUGUCCGUGUAUGGCCCUAACAGGACGUGGGCGGUGACUGAUGUGUUUGUAGAAAAUUUUCUAGAAACAUGGAACGGACCCAUGUCUGAAAAAAUUAGACCUCUACUUGAUUUUUUUGAUAUUCCCGUGUCACUUGUAUUUGGACGUUGUAUUGACGGCAUUGAUAACAUAUCUCGCCCUCAAACCUAUAAUGUCUGGCCUGAUGUGUUAAAAGGCUUGGUCUAUAUGUACUCCAGGGAAAACUUUUCAGCUAAUACUAGCGAUUAUUUUCGAUACUUGAAAUCUACUCCCUCUUUAUAUUAUAAUAAAUGUCCAGACUAUGUGCUUAACUGGCUUAAAGAAUUAAAACAAACCAAAAAAGUUUUCCUGAUUUCGGGAUCACAUGUUGACUACGCCAAUUUUACAGCUACACAGUCAUUAGGUGAAAAUUGGAAAGAACUAUUUGACAUAGCUGUUUUUUAUUCAAGAAAACCAGGAUUUUUCACUACGAAUAGACCAUUUUAUAACACCGAUACUCAAAUGUUAAACGAAUGUGGUAUUGUGGACAACAUACAGUUUAACAAUAUUUAUAGUCAAGGUAAUUGGGAUCAGUUACAUGAUUUAUUAAAAAGAGAAACUGGGAAGUCUAACCCGAAGUGCUUGUAUGUUGGCGAUAAUAUACUGCAAGAUGUCGUAGCUCCUGCCAAGUUCUCUGGUCUAGAUACUAUAGCUGUUGUUGAGGAAAUGAAAUUAGAUUCAAAUGAUAAUGAUAUUAAUCCUGACAAUAACAUGUUAAGAACGAACAAAUGGAGUUCAUAUCUGGUCGACUGCGACAAAAAAGACACAUCCAUUUGGACUUCAUUCAUUGCGAAUCAUGGAAAACUUUGUAUUCCGUCCAUAAAGAAUUUGGCAAAAAAGCCUAUAAAUUUUGAAUUUACACCAUUUACCAAGAAUAAAAUCACUUUUAAUGGCAAUGGAUUUUUCCCAUUUAUACCGAAUAGCUUAUACAAAAUUUUAAAAUAAUAAUGUAAAGACAUUAAUACAUUUUUCUUACAAUUUUAAAUGGUUUUUGUAUUAAUUUGUGAAUGCUUUUACUGUACCAAACGUAUAACCACAAUAACUACAUAUUUUCUGUGCUCAAUUGCUAACUAAACAUAUUUAAUAAUUAUUUAUAUGGAAACAAUUAAACAAGUUACUUCAUCGUCAUAAAAAGUAAAAGUCUAUUGUUCAGUUAAUGAUUAACUAUAAAAAUGAACUACAAAUUACAAUCUAUGUCAAGUUAAUUUUUUCAAAAAUGUUUGGCACAUUUGGGAAGAACUAUACUACGACUAUUAUUCAGAUAAUUAUCUAAGUAUAAUUUUACACCGCUGUCUGGUAUUGAUAUAUAAAAGUACACUAUACAUUAUGAUGCAUGAAAACUCUAGUAUUACGCAUUACCCACGCCUAGGGCAGCACUUAAGCAGCAU